AUGAUUUCUUCGGGUAACAACUCUCUAACAAAAUAUUUUCUUUGGGAUUUAUCAAAAAGUCGUCUUGUUCAUCAAAAUGGGUUAGUAGAACUUUCUCAGUCAAACAAAAUUUACUUGUUAGAUCCUAGAAACUAUACUUGGGUUGAUAAAUUUGAACCUAAAAGUAUAUCUGAGCAUACAUCUUCAAAUACGAAUACCCCUUCAACUACAAGUGCUCCGGAUUCUUCAAAAACUACUAACGUUAUAAUUGGUACAAUAAGCGGAAUUGUGGGUGCCGCAGCUUUAAUAAUAAUUGGAAUCGUUGGUUAUAAAUGGUAUCAAAAGAGAAAACAAAAUGAAAUUAUGAGGAUUGCCG